CGCGCCACCAACUUCCGAGCUCCGCGCUCGGCCAUGGGGGCGUCUCCUGGACGGAUCACGUAGCCACGGCGCCCCGGAGCCCGCUCUUCCUCUCCUGCGGCCCGGCCAUGGGCGGCCGCGGCGUCCCGCAGUGUGUGGCGGCUCCCGGGGUACGCGGGGCCGGGCGCGCUGCGAAAUUGGCGGCUGAGAGUGGCCUAGCCCGCGAGCAGCUACCGCUGUUGGAGGUGUCCCCGCACAAGAGGCUGCCUGCGGGGCCCGAGCCAAACCCAUGCGGCAGCCGCCCUGCGCCUGAGGGCGCCGGAGCCGGGGCAGAGCAGGGGCAUUCGGCCGGUGGGGGCAGCUGGUGCCGCCACUGCCACACGAAGCUGGCGGAGCUCAAGCGGCAGGCGUGGAAGCUGGUCAGCGGGCCCGGAACUCCCCUCCGGGAUCCCUGCCUCUCUGCUCGGCUCCUGGACAAGCUCCCAGUGCCUGGGAUCUCGCCCGUGUGCCGUCCUGAGGCCGAGAGUCGCUGCGAUGCCUGUGCCACGCACCUGCGCCAGCUCACGCGGGAGGCGCUGCGCCUGCUACAGGCCCCUGCCAGCCGCGAGGACCCUGGUGUCCCCCGAGGAGGCCUCGUGCCCCCAGGCCCUGGAGCUAUGACCAGUCCCAGGGACAUGCCUGGCCCCCCAGGGAGGCAGCUGGCCCCACCUGACCGGAGGAAGGGGCUGGCCUGGCCGGCUGGGCCUAGUGUCCAGGUGUCGGUCGCCCCUGCCGGCCUAGGGGGAGCACUGAGCACCGUCACCAUCCAGGCGCAGCCGUGCCUCGAGGGCAUGUGGAAUGUCUCAAGGGCAAGCAGCUUCCUGCCGCCGACCUGCCUGGCUGAGGCUGCUGUGGCUGCUGUGGCGGUGGCGGACUCUGUCCGAGAUGGCACCCCCAUGGUGGGCCCUGAUGGCUUAUCCAAGGCAUGGGGCCAAGUGGGGGCCCGCACAUCGACUCUGGCUACUCCAACCCCUGGCACCUCGACAGGGGGUGCCACAGCUCCAUCUGCCGCAGCCUCCUUCUUCAUAAGGGCUGCCCAGAAGCUCAGCUUGGCCUCCAAGCGCAAGAAGCACCACCCAGUGCCUGCCCCUACACCUCGCAAUGCCUCUGCCUACCCUACUGACUUCAGCGGUGUCCUUCAACUGUGCCCACCCCCUGUGCCACCCUGCUUGCUCAGGGCAGCCUCCAAAGCCAAGGACAACCCAGGAAGUUUUGGAAAGGUGAAAGUCAUGCUGCGCAUCUGGCCGACACAGGGCGCCCAGCGUUCAGCCGAGUCUGCAUCCUUCCUGAAGGUGGAGCCCCGGAAGAAGCAGGUGACCCUCUAUGACCCAGUCGCUGGGUCCCUGGGGGGUGUUGGCCUCCGGCGUGCGGCCACAGUGGCGGUACCCAGGAUGUUUGCCUUUGACGCUGUCUUCCCUGCGGACUCGGAGCAGGCUGAGGUCUGCUCUGGAUCCAUGGCCGAUGUGCUCCAGUCUGUGGUUGGUGGGGCUGAUGGCUGCAUUUUCUCCUUUGGCCACAGGAACCUUGGCAAGUCAUACACCAUGAUUGGGAAGGACAGCUCACCCCAGAGCCUCGGUGUGGUGCCCUGUGCCAUCUCCUGGCUCUUCCGCCUGGUGGAGGAACGCAGAGAGAGGACAGGCACACGCUUCUCCAUCCGUGUCUCGGCUGUGGAGGUGUGCGGCCAGGACCAGAGCCUGAGGGACCUGCUGGCUGAUGUGGCCUCCAGCAGCCUCCAGGAUGCCCGGUCUCCGGGCAUGUACCUGCGGGAGGAUGCAGCGAGUGGAACGCAGCUGCAGAGCCAAAGUGAGCUGCGGGCGCCCACAGCCGAGAAGGCAGCCUUCUACUUGGAUGCGGCGCUGGCUGCGCGCAGCAUGCGGGCUGGCGGGGAUGACAGGGCCCGCAGCUCCCACCUGCUCUUCACGCUGCACGUCUAUCAGUAUCGUGUGGAGAAGUGCAGCCAGGGGGGAAUGUCUGGGGGCCGUAGCCGCCUGCACCUCAUUGACCUGGGAAGCUGUGAGAUGGCACCUGGCAGGGGUGAGGAGGUCGCUGGGGGCUCGCUGAGCCUGUCCCUGUCGGCCCUAGGCAGUAUCAUCCUGGCUCUGGUCAACGGGGCCAAGCAUGUGCCCUACAGGGAUCACAGUCUCACUGUGCUGCUGCGGGAGUCCCUGGCCACCACCAGCUGUCGCACCACCAUGAUUGCCCACGUGUCAGAUGCACCAGCCCAUCAUGCUGAGACGCUCAGCACCGUGCAGCUGGCUGCCCGCAUCCACCGUCUGCGCAGGAGGAAGGCCAAGCACGCAUCCAGCUCCUCUGGUGGAGAGAGCUCCUGUGAGGAGGGCCGGGCCCGCCGUGUCCCCCACCUACGGCCCUUCCAUUCGCGUCAGACCCUGGAUGCUGACCGCCUGGUGCCUGGCCUGCCUGGUGACCCUGACUACUCGUCCAGCAGUGAGCAGUCUUGUGACACCGUCAUCUAUGUGGGGCCAGGUGGAACAGCGCUGUCAGAUCGUGAGCUCACCGACAACGAGGGCCCUCCAGACUCGGUGCCCAUCAUCCCCUCCCUCAGCCGCCGGCAGCCCUUUGAGGGCCCCCGAGAUGCUGACCAUUUCCGCUGCAGCACAUUUGCAGAGCUGCAGGAGCGGCUGGAGUGCAUCGAUGGCAGCAGCGACAGAGCCCAGGCCAGCCCUGCCCGAGGAGGCAGGAAGACUUCGCUCUCCGAGGCUGCAUCUCCCAGGAAGACCAUGGGCCCGCCGAUGGCAAGCAGCACCCCUCGAGGCCUCCCUGGCCCAGAUACCCACCAGGGCAUGCUCGAACCUUCCAGGGCUUGUGCCCAGGGUGACCAGCAAGAGGAUGACAGCUCCCAGUGUGAGCCAGAGGCCCUGGACAAGGCUGUGGGGGAUGGAGGCUGGAGGCUGCUGCCCAGCCCGGCCCCUCUAGCACCCAGGGGGCCAGACGCCCUGGGAGCCCCUGUGGAACUUGCAGGAAGGGACACUGAUGGAGCGGUGCGGACACCCCCUGUAGGCACGAGUGGGCAAGGGCAGUUCUCGCUGGCCCCAGACUCUGUCUGCCCCUGUCCAUCUGCCCGCGGCUGUUGCCUGGAGCGGGGCCUGCUGACCACCACGGUGACCCUGCAGCAGCCUGUGGAGCUGAAUGGUGAGGAUGAGCUGGUGUUCACAGUGGUGGAGGAGCUGCCCCUGGGGGCACUGGCGGGGGCUGCUCAACCCUCCAGUCUGGCCAGCUUUGGCAGCGACUGCUCCUUGCAGGCCCUGGCCUCGGGAUCGAGGCCAGUCAGCAUUAUCAGCAGCAUCACUGAUGAGUUCGAUGCCUAUGCCUCCCAGGUUCCCGAGGGCCCCGGGGGACCGCUGGAGGGAGUGGCCGGGCCAGGAGGCAGCCCCAGCUCCUCUGUGGGCUCCUGGCUCAAUGAGGUUAGCAUCUCUGCAGCCCCCAGCCCCAGCCCCGUGCCACAGCCACCCUCCAGCCCUGAUGCACCGGUGGGGCCCAGGCCUCCAGAGACCUGUGUCUGGGCCAGGUCCCUGGAUGGGAGUGUCAGGUGUGCUGUACAGGCUGGGCCUGAUGGUUCUGGCCCAGCCCAGAGUUUGGCCCGAGCUGGCCAAGAGCCCUGGGGCGGGUCCUCGCAGGGUGCUGCCCAAACCAUCCACUCCAGCCUUCCCCGAAAACCUCGGACACCCUCUGCGACCAGCCGUGCGGCCUGCGCUCGGGCCGGCCGGAGCCCGCCUAGCCCUAGAAGCCUGUUUGGGGACCCAUGGCUUCUCCGUGCAGAUGACAGGGAUGCCCCCAGCCCGACUGUGGGGUGCCCCCGGCUCCCCGAGAUGCAGGCAGGGCCAGCUUAUGCCCAGAGGGUGGUGGACAGCUAUGCGGUGGUGGCCAGGGGAGCCCGCAGGCCUGAGGCUGUGGCUUGGGUCCCGCCACUGCGGCGGGGUGCCACUACCCUUGGGGUUUCCACACCCUCCUCGUCCUUUGGAGAUGCUAUGGCUGAGGUGGUUGCCUGCUCCACUGGUCUUAAGGGCUCCCCUGGCAGCAAGAAAAGCCUGGCUCCCAAGGGGGGGUUCUUCCUGAGACCCGGGGGUGUGGCCCCUCCAGCCCCUCCUGUACGCAAGUCCAGCCUGGAGCAAAGCCACCUAGCACAGGCCGCUGUCCUGGCCACAGGCCUCACCCAGGUGGGGGCCGCUGCCACCAUUCGUGGUGAGGAGGAGGUCCGGUCCAGUGGUCGGGCUGAUCAUGCCAUUCCUAAGGCCAUGUCCAGCCUCAAGGCUCGGGCAGGAAAGAUGGAGGCGACCCACCGCCCUGCCGGUCACAUGUCCCUGGAGCGGUGUGAGGGCCUGGCACACAGCAGUAGCAAGGUCCGGGAAGGCCCUGGACGGCCACCUCGGGCUGUGCCCAGGCUGGGGGUGCCGCCUGCCAGUCCUACACCUGGACUACCCCCUGCCUGCCGAGGCAGCCCAGCUAAGGCCAUGGGAGCCCCCAAGCCCCCAGCAGGUGGGACCAAGGGCCGCAGCCUUGUGCCCGGGGGCUCUCGGGCUCUGGGUGGGCCCGUGAAGCCUCUGGGGCCAGUGGCUGGCAGGCCCCCAGGUGGCCCUGGGACAGGUCCCCGGGCAGCUCCGCGGGCUGCAUCUGGCCUUGGGGCCAAGGCUGGCCGGGGCACCAUCAUGGGCACCAAGCAGGCGCUCCGGGCUGCCCAUAGCCGCGUCCACGAGCUGGCAGCCAGUGGGGCUUCUGGCCGAGGCAGCCCCUCAUGGGGCUCCGCAGACUCAGACAGUGGCAACGACAGUGGUGUGAACGUCACAGAGGAGCGGCCACCCGUGGGCCCCGCACUGCCGUCCCCCUACAGCAAGGUGACGGCACCCAGGCGGCCCCAGCGCUACAGCAGCGGCCACGGCAGUGACAACAGCAGCGUGCUGAGCGGGGAGCUUCCACCUGCCAUGGGCCGCACGGCACUCUUCUACCACAGCGGCGGCAGCAGCGGCUAUGAGAGCGUGAUGCGGGACAGCGAGGCCACCGGCAGUGCGUCCUCAGCCCCUGACUCCAUGAGCGAGAGCGGGGCUGCCUCCCUGGGCGCCCGCUCCCGCAGCCUCAAGUCCCCCAAGAGGAGAGCCACAGGUCUGCAGCGGCGGCGGCUGAUUCCCGCCCCGCUGCCUGACACCACGGCUCUGGGCCGCAAGCCCGCCCUGCCUGGGCAGUGGGUGGACCUGCCCCCGCCCCUGGCUGGCUCUCUGAAGGAGCCCUUCGAGAUCAAGGUGUAUGAGAUCGACGAUGUGGCGCGGCUGCAGCGGCAUCGGCUGCCCCUGAGGGAGGACCCAGCCCAGGUUCAGCCCUCCCAGGAACUGGAGAAGGGCCUGGUGUGUAUCAGCUCCAAGCUGCGGCUGGCUGAGCGAAGGCAGCAGCGGCUGCAGGAGGUCCAGGCCAAGCGUGACCACCUUUGUGAGGAGCUGGCUGAGACGCAGGGCCGGCUGAUGGUGGAGCCGGGCCGCUGGCUGGAGCAAUUCGAGGUGGACCCAGAGCUGGAGCCUGAGUCGGCCGAGUACCUGGUGGCUCUGGAGCGUGCUACAGCAGCGCUGGAGCAAUGUGUCAACUUGUGCAAGGCCCAUGUCAUGAUGGUCACCUGCUUUGACAUCAGCGUCACCACCACCGCCACCAUGCCAGGGGCCCAGGAGUGGCUUCCUCUUGGCAGCGCAGGUGUCAGCAGUCUCCAAACCCUUCCGCCUGCAGCGGCGGGAUCCUUGGAGUGGAUGCUGUCCUUCCCUGACCACCUGCUCUGUCCCGAGGACGCUGAGGCCCCGGGCGAGGGCCAGGCCACGUGCACACGAUGCCUUUUUCCACGGCAGGAAUUCUUACCAAAACCACAAGCAAAAAAAUCCACCACGAAACCAACCACCCUUGCCAGAGACAGGGUUAGGGGUUUUCUAAAUGUUCUGUUAGGUUCCUAUUUUUGUAUCAUUUUGCCUAUUAACAUGGAGUUUGCAGUGGGAAUUUGAAAACAAAUGAUCUAUGUUUUUAUGGUUUUCUAUGAAGGUGUUUGGGGCUGGGCUCUUUCUGGGGGUGCCCUGCACAUGGUGGGUGUCCUUGGGAAGUGCGUGUCCCUAAACACAGACAAGGGAGGGCUUGCGGUCUGUGUGAUGUCUGGGCACCACAGGCCUGCGUUUUCUGACUGUCGCGUUUUAUAGGGUGUCUGAACCUUUGUACAAAUGUGUAGAUAACAUCCUGCUACAGUUUUUACUUG